CCUCAGCAUGCCACGGUCAUCAUCCCCGUCGUACAGAGAUAGGGACAGGCGAUACGGGGAUGACUCGCCAAGGAGGCAUUCUGGUCCAGAUCGCGACAGAAAUCGUCCCUGGAGCGGCUAUAAUCAAGGACGAGAUUCCCGUGACUGGGAUGACUACAGCAGAUCAGGAGGACGAGGUGGUCCAGGACCUUCAUCUUACAGGGACAGGUACAGGGACGACGAGAGGGAUAGGGAUAGGGAUUAUCGGCGUCAAUAUCGACCGCCUAGGUCAAGGUCGCCUGUAUCUGGUCGAGGGUCACCUGUAAAGUCUCGAGCUCCUUCUGUCAGUGCCGGAGGAAGAUCAGCUUCGCCCGAAGAGGGUCAAAUCACUUCACCUGCCCGGACUGGAGCACAAGAUCAGCCGCGAAAGCCUGUGCCUAUUCCUUUUUAUCGUGACAGGAUCCAGGACAGAAGAGAUAGAGAGAGGGACAGAGAUAUGGAGGAUCGUCGGCGGGGACCUCGCGAUGGGCCGCGAUACGGAAGUCGAUAUAACCCAGGGGAUCAAUCUGGCCCAUCGCGUCGACCCCGCUCACCGUAUUCACCACCUCGACACCUUGACCGACGAUCUAGAUCUUCAUCUCAAUCCUCGUACUCUUAUUCUUCGCAUUCCCGAUCUUCUCCAGAAAAAUCAUCCUUGUCGCCUCGUCGUCGACCUCCAUCGCAACCUCGUGAAGGCUAUCCUCCACCUCCACAAGGUGACAAGUCAGGCUCCGGAUUUCCAAGUGUCGCUCGACCGCCACCUAGUGGACCAAGAUCUGAUCGACCGCCUCCUGCUGGCCCUAGAGCUUUGAACAGUGAAUUCAGGCCAUUCCCACCACCACCACUACCACCUGCACCGUCUCUAGCAGCCCGAGAUAGAUCAAAUUCCUCAAAUCCGUACGGUGGAUCCACAGAGACGUCCACGGCGAAUGCAUCGAUGCGCCCUCUCCCUCUAGAGAUAUCCCAAGCUCGGCGAUCAUCCCCGUAUCAAUCCUCCACUCACUCGGAGGUGACCAGUCCGCUUGACCCAGUUAGCACUCCAGCUCAGGAAAUCGAAAAUCCGUAUGGAAGACCUAUCAAUGCCACGUCCCAGGCUGUCGGCAAUCCUGGUCGCUUAUCUUGGGCUGAAAGAAGGGUCUCAGGUCAACAGCCAACGGCAUCCGCUUCGCCAGUCCAUAUCAACCAAGAUUAUCAACCGUCAACCGCGUCUAGUCCAAUGACCAAUCCGCCUGACAGGCAGGAUGCAGCGUCAGCGGUGAAGAUAGAGCCGCCUGCUUGGUCCGGCCGAAUCGCAUCGCAUCCAGCGUCAUCGGAAGACUCCAAGCCAGCCCUCACUAUUGUCAAGCAGGAGGAACUAAAUCUAAACACACAACCUCAGAUGGAUGCCAAGAUCCGCUCAGAAUUACCUGAUAUCAGAUUGUGGUCAACCAUGCCAAAGUGGGAGCUCGACCUCGCGAACCACUACAGUCACCUCGCAGCGCUCCAGCAGACCACUAUGCGCGCUCAAUCAGCCUUGCGAUUGGCCACAGCUACAGUAGCGGAUGCCGAGGCGGAACGCAUCGCUGCCGGGGAAAGGAGGAAAGUCGCGGAGACGCAGCUGGUCGCCAAUACUCUAGGCAUGGGAGUCGGCAUCCUGGGAAGCAUGACUACUUAAUGUGCCUGCCAGGAUGCGUCGCGGCGAAAAUCCUAUGUCGAAUCUCAUGCAUGA